AAGCACAAGAGGAGGGGGUGGUGGUUGUGAUGACGAGGAUAGGCCUAUGGGGACAUAAGUGAGUGUGGCUCUGCAAGGGGCUGACUGUCCAACCCUCUCUGCUCUUACAGGAACAUGCCUCACUGCCACUGUUUUGCCAUGCUCUCUGUGACACUGUUUGGGCAACACAGACAGCUUUUUCCAUCCAGCAGGUCAUCUGCUGCGUGGUUUGACUGAGCAUCUUGGAUUAAAAGAAUGGCCAUCCGAUACAUCAAGCACAAGUACCUGUGGAUUUAUGUUUUGAAUUAUGAAAAACUGUAGAAUAAACCAAUAAUGGAGAUUCCACCUGCAGUGAAUUUGGAGGGACAUCAGUCUUGGACAGCUUCAGGAUUACAAAAAAUUACCUUCUCAACACAGGAGUGGACCGCGGAAAGCUCUGCUGUCUCAGCUAACGGCUCAACAGACCACAGAGGGGAUGAUGGUCUCCCUGAAGCCCAAAGCUUCCUGUUGGUGCCGGAUGAAGACGAGCGGAAGAAGAGUUUUAUUUGUAUCAGUCAUAACGACAUUAAAUUUGCAGAUGAUGUGUGCUUGCAGGAGCCUGACCAGUCAGUCACUCCCAGUGAAACACCCUUAACCUCAAGUACACUAGCCUCAGCUCAUGAUGCAGGUAUUGUGUCCACAUGUCCCAGGUCAGAUGACGACUGCUGUUUGAUGCCCGUUCCUGUUGCAGAAGGCCAGUCAGAUCAGCUGGUUCAGAAUCAUGCUGGUCAGACAGUAGACUUGAACUGUGUAAAAACAGACUUCAAGAGGUUAGAGCCUAUCUCAAAUGGCCAUGUCUUUAUGCCUCCAGAGGUCCCGUGCCUUAACAUAAAUCUGGACUCCACUCCUACCCUCACUGUCCCUGCGACUGUUCCUCAUUCCGUUGGGAGACUCCUGGAUCUCCCUCGCAUCGUGAAGUACAAACCAAGCUCCAUCACCUUCUCACACUACACCUGUCCCCCCGGAGCCGACGGCCACGCUUUUGUCAACGAGAGUUCUGACGAUGGAGAGUCUUCACUGGAGGAGGAUGAUGAUAAUGAUGAUCACGAUGAUGGUGAUGGUGAUGGUGAUGAUGGUGACGAUGACGAUGUGUUCCCAGAGCUGCCUCAGAGCAGGGAGUAUCUUGUCAAUCACAGACAAAGGAGCUCAGGCAAAGACAAACAGAAGAGGAGAGGAGCUGUGAGUGGCCGAACGGAAAUCAACCACACGGCCAGAAACUGUGGUUAUGAAGCAGAGGAGGAAACCAGCAGUAAGGAGGAGUCUCCGCAGGUCAAGUCUCCCUGGUCGGAGUCAAUGAGCCAGCUGAUGAGGAAACUGGACCAGCUUAAUCUAGACAUCGAGGAGGCUCUGAGUGCUAACUCCUCCCCCUCCGACACGCCCUGCACCACCCGCAAGAAACAGUGCGGUGCUGUUUCGAAGUCCAUGUUGCACCAAGCCCUGAACGAGCGAGUUCUCCAAAGACCGGACAGAGGGGAAUGUCCGAGCCAGGACAAGUCUUCUGCUCCUCGCAGCACCUCGAUGGGAACAAGAGCGACGACCAAGAAGACGAUGUUCAAUAAGAUGACCAACGCAGCACGGGCAGAAAUCGAGGCGAAAGAAGCGUGUGACUGGCUGCGGGCAGCAGGAUUUCCCCAGUAUGCUCAGCUCUUUGAAGAUUCCCAGUUCCCCAUUGACAUUACUUCCGUGAAAAGAGAUCAUGACUUUCUGGACAAAGAUCUUGUGGAACCUCUGUGCAGGCGACUCAACACCUUGAACAAGUGUGCCUCUAUGAAACUUGACGUGAACCUUCCGAAGAAAAAAAGUGAAGACUCUGAUGAAGAAGACCUGUUUGCCAUCAGUGACAAAUGGACGUUUGAGUGGAGCAGCCGGCGUUGGUCCAGGUUACAGGACAUUGACUGUCUGCUGGGCAGCCACGGCGAGGGUCAGCCCUCCGGAGACGGCGUGCCCCUGAGAACCACCACCAGCAGCGAGAGUGUCCUGACUGACCUCAGCGAGCCGGAGAUCUCCUCUUUGCACAGCGAGAGCAGCGGGGGCAGCGGCCACAGGGGCCUCAGCACGGAGGACUCUGACUGCUCCAACCGCACCGGCUCCGAUUGUGCAGCGAUGCCGGACUCCACGUCUCUCACGAUGCCCCACAUCCCCAAAGAAAUCUCUCAAUACGGCUCGCUGCCCGACAAGCACGGCAAGACGAGCCGCAUCCGUGCCAAAGACUUCCUGAAGCGCAUGGAGACGCUGCGCUCCAGAGGGACCCUGAGAAGGGGCCGUAAGACAUUGGUCAUCAGCUCUCCUGUGCUGCAGCAGGAGGCCCGGGCGCUGAAGACGCUGCACUGUGUCGAGAUCAUAAACGGAGACGGUGGGGCUCCAGAAAUACCGUCCAACAAAGUCCUGCCGUCCCAGUCAGGCAGCGAGGGUAGCAGCCAUUCUAGCGGCAGCGCCGUCAGCACGCCCAGCCUGAAAGAGCGUAAAGCCCACCGGGCUGACUACAAGCGCAGUGGCAUGUAUUUAGAGGACGUAGACAUCUUCUCAGGCACCCAAGUGAAUGAAGUCGCAGAACAAAACCGCAGGAAUGAGUUCUGCUCCUAUGAAGACCUGGUGGUCCACAUUCCUAAAGACCACAAGCCAGGAACGUUCCCCAAAGCACUGUCCAUAGAGAGCCUGUCCCCAACCGUGGGGGCCUCCAUCAACUGGCACACAGGCAGCAUGCACCUGGACUCCCCGCUCAUCUCCUGCAGGAAGGAGUCCAGGCCCGUCACCCAGUGCUGCUCCAGAGGCAGCCGCAUCAGCGUGUACGACAACGUCCCUGGCUCGCAUCUGUACGCCAGCACUGGAGACCUGAUAGACCUGGAGAAAGAGGACCUGUUCCCCCACCUGGACGAUAUCCUGCUGCAUGUCAAUGGUCUGCAGCAGAUAGUGGACCACUGGUCUCAGAACGUGUUGCCUGUCGGGGAAGGGCUGGCGCAGGUGGACGGCGAGAGGGAGCGUACAGCUGGUCUCCAGUCCUCUAGUCAGAUCACAUUGGACUUUGAGGGGAAUUCUGUCACAGAAAGCCAGACCACGCCUAGUUACGGGGACAGAGACAGAGUGUCACUCGCUGAGACAGAAUCCACAAUCCUCCGGGAGAGGAGGGACUCUGGAGUAGGUGCUUCGCUCACAAGACCUAAUCGGUUACGAUGGCCCAGCUUUCAGAUAUCCAAUCGCCUAAGUCACUCGGUGGCGUCCCUGCAGAUCACCAACCAGUCGGCAGGCCAGCUGAGUUUGUUGCAGAAGUUUUCUCUGCUGCGCCUUACUGCCAUCAUGGAGAAGUACUCCAUGUCCAACAAGCAUGGCUGGAUCUGGUCCGUGCCAAGGUUUAUGAAGAGAAUGAAGGUACCGGACUAUAAGGAUAAGAAUGUAUUCGGAGUGCCUCUCAUAGUGCACGUGCAGCGUUCUGGACAGCCGCUGCCCCUCGGCCUGCAGCAGGCUCUGCGCUACCUGAGGAGCCAGUGUCUCGACCAGGUGGGUCUCUUUCGCAAAUCAGGGGUGAAGUCUCGAAUUCAAGCUCUCAGGCAGAUGAAUGAGAACUCUCCAGACAAUGUGAACUACGAGGAUCAGUCCGCCUACGAUGUGGCCGACAUGGUGAAGCAGUUCUUCAGGGACCUACCUGAGCCUCUGCUCACCAGCAAGCUGGGGGAGACCUUCCUCCACAUCUACCAAUAUGUGCCGAAGGACCAAAGGUUGCAAGCCGUCCAGGCAGCCAUCAUGUUGAUGUCGGAUGAGAACCGAGAGGUGCUGCAGACGCUGCUCUGCUUCCUCAGUGAUGUCACUUCCUCUGUGGAGGAGAACCAGAUGACACCCAUGAACAUCGCCGUGUGCCUGGCCCCCUCCCUCUUUCAUCUCAACAUACUCAAGAAAGACAAUCUCUCACCGAGGGCCAUGCAGAGGAAGUACGCCACCGGCAGACCGGACCAGAAGGAUCUGAAUGAGAACUUAGCAGCAACACAGGGCCUCGCUCAUAUGAUCAUCGAGUGCAACCGUCUCUUUGAGAUCCCUCAUGAGAUGGUUACUCAGUCACGUAAUUCAUACGUGGAGGCUGACUUGCACGCGCCGACGAUCGGUGAGCUCUGCAAGCAGCUGGAGGACGCUGAUGGAACGUACCAAACUCAUAUGGAGGGGAGACUUCAGAUCCAGCUCAAAGAGGCCCGGGAGAAGUCCAAAUACUGGGUGUCCUGCAGCAGCUCUGACAACACAGAGCUCUACUAUAAGAAGGUGGGAGACGGGAACCCUUUGAGACGCUGGCGAGUGUCUGUGGAGGUGGAAGCCCCGCCGUCCGUAGUGUUGAACCGUGUGCUGCGAGAGCGCCACCUGUGGGACGUGGACCUGCUGCAGUGGAAAGUGUGUGAGACGUUGGACAAGCAGACAGAAGUGUUUCAGUACGUCCUCAACCGCAUGCCCCCUCAUCCCAGCAGGGACUUUGUGGUGCUCAGGUCAUGGAGGACAGACUUACCCAAAGGCACCUGCUCGCUGGUUUCUGUGUCUAUAGAGCACGAGGACUGUCCUCCUGUUGGAGGGGUACGAGCUAUAGUCCUGGAGUCUAACUACCUGCUGGAGCCCUGCGGCUCAGGAAAGUCCAGACUAACUCACAUCUGCAGAGUGGACUUGAAGGGAAGGGCUCCAGACUGGUACAACAAAGCCUUUGGUCACCUUUGUGCCGCAGAAGCUGCCCGGAUCCGUAACUCCUUUCAGCCUCUAAUCACAGACGGCCCAGAGACCAAAAUCUGAAACUCUUUGCUAACUGUGUCUGCUCAGCCUUGAGAUCAAGAUUGAGCCUUUGAGUCAUUGCUAACAGGCAGACACAAAGCACAGACAGGACCCCAGAACUAAAGCACAGUUUAUUCCGUUUUUUUGUUUUUUUUUUCCAGAGUAGAAACGCUCUGUACUUGCACAAUGACAAAAGAGGACAUCUUAUAGGUGCUGAGCAUAAUCACUCAAUGGGAAAUUAAUCAUCCUGCCAAUGUCCUUAGCGUUAGCAUUUUAUUUACCUUGAUGUUGCUAAACCUGUAUAUUAUGAUAAUUAUUAUCUUUAAUAAUAUUGUAUUACUGUUACGUUAAUCUACAAUGUCUAGGACAUUCAAGCUCUUAAACGCUUCUGGGAAGCAUGUAUAUGUUAUUCAUUUCAGAUUUAAAGCUAUAAUUAUUAUGAUGUAGUGUCUGUAUAUAUGUGUGUGAAUAUAUUGUACAUGCAAACAAGAUGUAUAUAUUGUAUAUAUGUGAAGGGAUAAAUAGUACAUAUGUUAAUAUCCUAUAUAUUGAUUCUGUCACCGUGUCAACCCUCAUGUAGUACACAAGGUACAAAAUUGUAAGCUGGUUUUACUUUGCUUCAGUAUUGCCAUUUUGGAAUGGGUGUAAUUUUAUAAAACGUUGACCUCCCGUGGUUGUGAAAAGAAUGACUUAAGGUUUGACUUGAUCAUACCUGCUUAAGGGUACUGGAUUGUGCAGUCAAGUACAAGAGACAUCAUUUUUUAAUAAAACUAUAGAAAUUACAAAA